GAGGCGAUAAGACGCUGAUAAAUUCUCUAGAGUGAAAAAAAGGAUCUCUCUCUCUCUCUACCGCCAGAACCUUACGCGCAAACACAAAGAGGAAGAGAAAGACUAUAUUUGUACCCAUUUCUACCCAUCACUAAGUGGACAUACAGUCUCGGGCUUCGUAACUAGACGCGCUUGCAGUUCUUUGCUGGUUAUUUGAACAUUUUACAUCGCGGCUCCAUUCAUCAACCUGCUCGCGAUAGAUAAGCCCAGCGGAGACGUAUCGAUCCGUUCCUCCGGCGAGUCAUGGCGAAGGAGCCCGAGCGGAACAGCUGCCUUCUGCGCGAUCUACGGCAGCGAGCCGGUAACGACAUCUGCGCGGACUGCGGCGCUGCAGAGCCAGAUUGGGUGUCCGUGACACUGGGUGUAUUCGUGUGCCAGUCAUGUUCGCUCAUCCACAGAAGUAUUGAAAGCCUCAACCAGGUGAAGUCUGUGCUGCAGGACACAUUUGAAGAUAAAGAAAUUGAGUUCAUCACGUCUAUGGGGAACAAAGUAGCAAAGGCCAAGUAUGAGCAGCAAGUUCCUCCGUUUUAUUACCGGCCCUCCCACUCAGACUGCAGGAUUUUGAGGGAGCAGUGGAUCAGAGCCAAGUAUGAGAGAGAGGAGUUUAUAUACAUCGAGAAACAAGAGCCAUAUUCAGCAGGCUACAGAGAGGGGUUUCUAUGGAAACGCGGUCGAGACAACGGGCAGUUCCUCAGUCGCAAGUUCAUUCUGUCUGAACGAGAAGGAGCGCUGAAGUACUUCAACAAGCAGGACGCGAAAGAACCGAAGGCCAUAAUGAGGAUUGAAACCCUGAACGCUACUUUCCAGCCGGCUAAAAUAGGAAACCCCUGCGGCCUGCAGAUCACCUAUCUGAAGGACAACAGCACCAGGAAUAUCUUUGUGUACCAUGAAGACAUGAAGGAAAUGGUGGACUGGUUCACUGCGAUCCGGGCAGCACGCUUUCAUUACCAGAAGGUGGCAUUUCCUGGAGCUAAUGAUGAGGACCUGGUACCCAGACUGACAAGAAACUUCAUGAAAGAAGGUUACAUGGAGAAAACAGGCCCGAGACACACAGAGGGCUUUAAGAAAAGAUGGUUCACCAUGGAUGAUAGGAGACUAAUGUACUUUAAAGAUCCCUUGGAUGCAUACGCACGUGGCGAGGUGUUCAUCGGCAGUAAGGAGAACAGCUACACCGUGGUACCCGGACUGCCGCCUUCGAUCCAGGGAUACCACUGGAAGUACGGCAUCACUAUUGAAACCCCGGACAGGAAGUUCCUGUUUGCUUGUGAAACCGAGGCGGAGCAGAAGGACUGGAUCGCCGCCUUCCAGAGAGUCGUCAACCGACCCAUGAUGCCGCAGGAGUACGCAGUCGAGGCUCAUUUCAAGCACAAGCCUUGAUGCUGGCUGUAAACCUGCCUGUGUGCGUGCCGCAGGCGGGACGGACUGGACAAUGAACAGCUAUUCUGUCCAAUGACUCUGCUGGGUUCACGAAGCGCUCCGGACCGAGCAAGUACAAGAAACGGCCCCUCCUUACCUUGAUUUCGUACUAACGGCCCGGACACUGGGCUGUGUUGAAGACGCCUCCGUCGUGUCAACAGAGCGGCGACUCUGAGGCUUACUUAUCGUGAAUGUGUAACCAAAGCAGACGCGCCGUCAGCCGUCAGCCGAGCUACUGUACAAAUAUGGCAUGUGAAUGUUGUUCAACGCUCUUAAUCGUAACAUUUAAUCUGUAAAUCACAAGGUGAGCAAGUACUAAACACCACCGCAGUGUGUUUUGACUGAUGUUAUUUAUUGGAUUUUCCAAGCAAAUGCUGCUGUGAAGUUGAUCCUCAGACGCUACGCUACACCAAGUGUCUUUUUCUGAUCGUCCAGGGCUUCGUUCAUCAUUACUGAUCAUUUAAAUGUGAAAACCAUGUUAGGAAACUCCAAUAUAGGCAGUUUCAUAUACUACAUACUACUUCUGGCGUGUGCGUGUGUGUCAGAUUUCAACACGGCGUACGGUAAAGACAGUUCAGUUCUUGAUUUAUUCUCCUCCACUAGGUGGAAGCAUAUCACAGAUUUAAGAUGCAUGUGCUCAACACUGUUUCUUUUUAUGCAGAAUAGGGUUGAUAUUAGCCAUAGACUGAUAUAUCGGCCGAUAUUUGGCCAUUUUGAGAUUAUCUGCCGAAAAGCACUAGAGAUAGUUCCCCUUGUCUUAGUCAAUAGGUACAUUAAACUAAAUGUUUAGGCCUAAAUGGAAGAUUUAUGUAUUUGAGUUGCAUAUAAAAUUUGGAUUACGCAGUUUUAACAUAAUCAGCUUAAUGUGAUGCAUGUUUGUCAUAUAUCAAUGAAUCAGGUGUUUUAAAAACACAAUAAAUCCAGCCAUAUUUUCAGCAUUUAAAUGCACAAAAUUAUGCUGAAUGCAUUCGAAUAAAUGCAUUUUGAAAUGAAUUUUAAAUCAAAUCAAUGCAAAUAGUUAAUAUUAAGCUAUGAUUUUUAUGUGCAGAAAUCCUGAACUGACUUACAAAUAUGCAUCAUGUUACAUUUAUGUUAUAAAUCCAGAUUUUAUGUCUUUUUACUGUAUAUCAAAAACAUGAAUUUCACAUUUUUAAAUAUUUUUAUGCAAAAUAAGCAUAAAAGCAUCUGUUUAAUUUAUGCAAUCUCAUUUGCUGUCAUUAAAUUGCGUUUACUUGUAUAUAUUUGGUUAUUAGCAUAAAUAUCAAAAAGAAGAAAAACACUUUGGUUGACCAUGACUUUAUAUACAGUAUCUUUCAUUUUAACCAGACUACGUCUGUUGACUGAAGAAUGCGUUAGAAUAUUCUACAGAUUUGAUAUAACGGUUGUGAAUGUUUAGAUGGCAGAUGUAAUAAUCUGAUGCGUAUCACAGCUCCUGUAAUGUAUCUCCGGCCCUCUCGUUCAGGUUACGAUGAUGCUCUUCAGGUGUUUUUCCUUCUGGUUUGUUUCAAAUAAGGGUUUGUGAAUGUUUACCAACAAAAGCGUAUCAUGGUAUUGCCAUAGAUUUGUUUUUGGGGACUUGUACUAUGGUAAGGGAUAAUGUACAGUCACUCUCGAUUUGGGACCGGUCGUUAUUUCAAAGUAGAUGAAAUGAGAGUGGUUUAUUUUGUGAUCAUGACUGUGUGACUGUACAUUAUCCAACUUAUUAUACAGCUACUUAACACAUAAAUAAAUAUGUGGACAUGAAAUAU